AUUGCAAAUAUCAGUAGAUCAUGGCUGGAACGGUGUUCGAUCUGUCAUUUGACAGGACGGUGCAAUCAGAACUUGUAUAUCCUGGGUUGAGUAGCCGGUGAUGUGAACAACAUGAACAACAUGUCUUUGUCUUCCUCGUCAGGCAACCUUAAUUACAACAGUACUUCCCGCCACAGCCUAGGCUCACAUUUUUCAUCGGAAGCGUUGGAGAGUCAGCUACGAAAAGUUCAGGUGGAGAACUCCACACUACAGACGGAAAACAAAUUGCUGAAAGAGAAAUAUAAUCGAGCAACUGUGAAGAUAACUGAACUAGAGUCGCAACUAGCCGACCUCCAUGAUGAGCUGGUGUCGAUACAGGAGAGAGUCCGUGAGGAUCUGCGUGAUGCCACGUCAAAGAUCCAGGCCGACGCCGACUGGAACACGAAACAGCUACAGGCGCAGAUAGCCACCUUGACAAGAUCCAGCGAUUCCCUCAAGUCUGAGGUGUCGUACCUACAAAAACAGUUGGAGUCAGCAAGGAAGGAAUUAGAGCUAGCCAACUCGGAGAAGUCGAAGACUUGUGAGGGCCACAAAACAGAGAUCUCAUGUCUGAAGGAUGAGAUCGCUCGUUUGAAGGAGCUGCUGAAACAGGAUGAGGAGAGACUGCUGGAGGAAGCGACUCGCAGUAGAGAGUCGAGACAGCAGACGGUCAAACUGAACGAGAUGAUCAUCCUCCUCCAGCAGCAGAUAGACACUGGGGGUACCAACAUGGCCGCACAGAAACAGGUGAACUCAUUGGAGAAGAGACUACAGAUAACAGAAGAAAGACUACACCAGGAGCACGCUGACCGUGCCAACAAUCUGUCCCAGGUGGAGGAGAAACUGUUGUCGGAAAACGCCAAGUUACAGGCUUUGGAGAAAGAACUGACACGCCAACUGCAGCGUGAGAGGGACAAGAAUGGAAACUUGGAUCUGAGAAUUCGAGAUCUGAAAGCCGACAACGACAAACUGCGUCUCUCUGUCCCGCUGGAUGAGUCACUGCUCACGCUGGGAAACAAUUGGGAUAUUCUUGACGGAAACCAAAAUCAACACAAGGGUCAAAAGGAACUGCAGGAUUUUAAAGUGAUUUACGAGUCGAAGAUGAGUGAGAUGCAGGAGAAGAUUGACGACAUUCGCUCAGAGAAGAUGACCUUUGAAAACCAGUACCACAGUCAGCUGUCGAGUCUGGUGAAGGAGAAACACGAAGCGUGUGCGCGACUCAAGACUCUGGAGGACAUGAUGGAUGCGAUUCGUACCGAGAAUGACAUUCUCCGACACGGACUGUCGACAUCACCUACUACCAACUUCACGGCCAGCAGAGACGCCCCGGACCAGGUGUUGAGGCUGACUGAGAUCGUGGCCAGUCUGGAGAGCAAGACGGAGCUGUUAGCAAGACAGACACACGUGCUCCAGGCUGACUCAGAAUCCGUACGCAGGCAGCUCGUUGUCAAGGAGACGCAGCUGGAGGAGGUGACAGCCGAGCUGCUCACAGCCAAUCAGAGACUGGCAGAGUGCAAGACAGAUCACUCUAAACAGGAGAAGAUUGAUCAACUUUUGACCGAGGUGAGCUCGUUACAGACGGACUUGGAGGCUGUCAGAGAGAAGUGUCGAGAUUUGAUCCAGGAGAAGUCGGCACUGACUCGGCAACUGGAGGACACCAAUCGCCAACUCGGCCUGGACAAAGCCAGACGAAAAGAUGGUCGACACACUCACGCCUCCGAGACAAAGCUCACCAGCCUGGAGUCUGAGCUUGAUGAGAAAGACAAGCAGUUGGUCACGGUGACAACUCAGUACCACCAGGUGGAGAGUGAGCUGCAGCACAGCAAACAGGAGUUGUUCUACACCCAGGAACACGCGGCCGAACUCGAGAAACAGGUUGAAAACUUACAGAAGCAGCUGAAUCAGAGGUGCGAGCUGUGGGACAGUAUAGCUGCCAAAGAAAACGAACUGCUACAACAGCUGAACGUUGUGAAGAGCUCGCUUGAGAAGUCAGAAAAGAAGUUCAACCACUCCCAGUCUGAGCUGAAGGUUGUUAAGCUGGAACUUAGUCAGAGUCGUGUGAGGAUAGAACAACUUGAACGGCUGACUUGUGAAGAUGAUGGGGCCACGUGUGUACGUGAUCUACACCAACACGACACUGAGACAGACCAAGACCGCGACAAGACGGAACUCUUGCAAACUUUGUCAGCCUUACAAUCAACGGAAGAAGAAAAAGGCUCGGUAACAGAAGCAUUAGCCAAAGCUAAACAAGAUUUGCUUUCAGAGAAAUCGGUCAUCUCGAAAUUGACUGCGGAGAAAGUCGACAUAGAACACAAACUGCAGGAUGUGUCGGUGGAGCGUGACGCUCUGUACAGUGACAAGUCUCAGCUGGAGGAUGACCUGGUGAAGUUGGAGAGGAAACUUCAGGACGUGCUUCACAAGUUUGAGGAGGACGUCCGCAAGCAGCACGGCGACUUCCGGACUUCACACCACGCAGACACGCCCCAAACAAAGCAGCUGGUUUCCGAGUUAAAUUCUUUAAAACUGCUGCUGAUGUCUAAAGACAAAGAAGUGGAGAUGAUGUCAGAUAAACUCAAUCGCCCAAACAUGGAAGUCAGUUUUCUUCGACGCCGAGUUGAAAUUCUUCGAAAUGAAAAUCAGUUCAACAAAGAAGAUAUCAACCGUUUAACUAAUGAACUGAUUCUAAAGAUGAAGGAGAACACUGUGGUUAUCGAGACGAACGUGCACCUCGUUACGGAGAAGUGUGGUCUGGAGAAGGAGAUCCGUAAGCUGCACCAGGAGCUGAUGGCGGAGAGAGAUGUCCACCACAGACAGAAGACCGAGUCCGCAGACUUCAUCAGGAAGAUUGAACAGACCGAGCAGACGUUCAGACACACAGCAGCCGAGCUGCAGGAGAAGAAGACCCUGCUGGUCUCCAUGGAGACAGACCUACAGCAUGUGAAACGUCAGUUGAGUGGGUUGGAGGCAGAGAACGAACAGUUGAAGGUGAAGGUCGACCAUCUGAACGAAGAUGUCCGGAACCUGACGUCCAUAAACACAACGCUCGAGACGAGACUUGAUAUGGAGCGAUCGUCGCUGGCUGAGGAGAAGAUGAGUGCUUCCCAGAAAAAGGAGGAUCUUACCACAACCAGUCACAGACUGGAGGCCCUCAAACACGAGCAGUCCAUGUUGCUAAACAAUCUCAGUGCCGAGAGAAAAAACUCAGAACAACUUAGGGAAGAAGUUGGUCGUCAGGAGCAACUGGUACACAAACUUACCGAUGACUUGAAAGCCUCGGAGAAAGAGCUUGAUUCCAAACAGGAGAAGAUUGGUCAGCUACAGGAGAAAAUUGACCAGCUGAAGAAUGAAAAGUCUUACUUAUAUCAGGACUACGAGGCCAUGUGUAGAAAACUUGGAGAGAAGGAUAAAGAGAUUGCGGACCUUAAGGAAUCGUACGAGUCGAAAAUAGAAAGUUUAAAGAAAGAGGUGCAGCUCCAGCAGGCCGAGAGAGAGCAUGAUGGGACGUCACUGGCGAAAAACCUACAUCUGGCUCAAGCUGAAAUUGUUGAUCUAAAUGAAGAGCUGAAGAAGAAGGAACUGCAGCUGUCAUCGUACGGCCGUGCACUACAAGAGCUUCACGAGCUUUCCAUGCAGAAGAAGGAAAUGGAAUCAAAGAUGUCGAGGAUGGAAUCGCGGGUGGCGGAGUCGCAGAUCCUCCUCGAGUCUCACAGAAAUGAAAUGAUAUCCUUCAAAGAAGCCAACCAGAGGCUACAGGAUGAGUUGAGUGAGAGCCAGAUUCAGUGCCACACCCUGCAGCAGGAUCUUCGCAAUCAGAAGGAACUGGCAAGUUGCCACACUCUCGAGUUCAAUCACAGAAUCUCCGAUCUCCAGUCGCAGAAAGACACGAAGGUUUCCCACUUGAAGGAAGCUCUGAAUCAGAUGGAGCAGAAGUUACAGUCCACACAACAGACACUGGACUCUGUCCAUUCGAAGUUCGACCAACUGCAGGUAGAAAACCGGUCGCUGGUGCUGUCAGUGGACCACACAGGCUCUGCUUACACUGAAGAAUGCACCGCUCGCAAGCACGCGGAGGAGAAACUGAAGUCGGCCAUGUCCGACAUCGAUGACAUCAGGAGGGAAAAGCUGAAAUGUGAGGAGCGGAUCCUGGAGUUACAGAAACAGUUGGGCGUGGCCGAGUCCCAGCUGAAAACAGAAACGGAGCACGUCCACACUCUCUCCACACAGCUACAGGAGACCAAGGUUCUGGCUCACAGCCUCAAGACGGCCGUCAAGGCAAAGCAGGAGAAAACAAAUAUGUUACAGGCGGAGGUGGUACAACUACAGCAGGCCCUCGACACAGAGAAACAGCUGUUUGAAAUAAAGCUACACAAGACCACCCUGGAGCUCAGGCAGAAAAUCGAGACUGGUGAACAGGACAGAGAGAAGUUAACUCAGCAGGUCCAUCUCCUGUCCGUGAGUCUGGAGCAAGCGCGGGAACAGCUGGCCGCCAAGAAUAAAGACAAUCUCAAGCUGAACACGGAGCUGUUGGACCUUCAGGAGAGUCUCCAUGACAACAGUAACAAACUGCGCCAGGCCAUCGAUUCGCUCCGUAUCGAGGAAGAGAUGCAGUCCACUCUCAGUGCCAGGUUUGAGGCACAAGAAGAAGAACUGAAAAAACUGAAGACGUUUUUGGCAAAGAAGUGUGAAUCUGAAUCGGGAGAUAAAACAAUGUGGUUGGAGAUGGACAAAAUGGUCCGAGAGUUGAGUCAGCAGAUGCAUGAGCACCUCGAGUCGCGCAGACUGUCCGAGUCGAGCGCCAAGGACCACGAGUCGAGACUGGCGACGUCGUACCGCAGACAGAUCGACAAGCUCACGACAGAGGUUAGCACGGAGAGGGCGCUGCACAGCAUCACGCGGAACUCACUGCAGGCAGUCGAGGAAGACACAGCCAGGCUGCGAGCCCAGGUCCUCAACAUGAGACAGGCCAGUCCGUCACCCAACAAGAGCCAGAAGUGUCGAAUUGAGGCGAUCAACGAGCUGAUAGCGCGGUCUCAGAUCCGAGCCCAACAUCUGCUUCCCACCAGUCUCAACAACACGUCGUUCGGCAACACAAACGUGAGCUGCAACACGACCUUCCACGUGGACGACAUCCACACGCCGGACGACAUGUCACAGGUCAGCGAGUGUUCACUCGGUCCAAACAACCCCGUGUAUCUGGCCAUGCUGAACAUGUCCGGUACAUUCCCCAGUGAAGGGUCGUCCACUCCGCGCAAAUAGCAAGUCCAACAGCGUCAUACUACGAUGUAUGUGAUAGAAGAAGUCCGAGGUCUUCAUGUUAUAUGUGAUAUUUCAAUUUGUUUUAUGAUUUUAUAUUUUGUUUAUUUUGCUGAUUGUUUUUCUUGUAUGGGGCCAUUCAACAAUUAUGUGACACUCUAGUGGGGAGAGGGUUCUGUUUUAAACAAUAUUUAUUCUGUCUUUUCAUGAUGGUGGGUUUGGUCAACUAAAGUCUAUAUUAGAACCUUUCCCUACAAAUUUGAAAAGCAAUAUAUUCAAAGAUGACAGCAAUAAUAACAUAGAGACAGAUGCUAGUGAUAAUAAUAAUAAUAAUAGAUAAUUAAAUACAAAAGUAAGCAGUUAUGAUAAAACAGAGAAUAGAGGGUAUCAUGGGAUAUUGCAAAACAUGGAGACGUGAAGAGUUGCAUAACAUUUUCAAAACUAUUUUUAUUUGUAAAUGAAGGUAGGAAAUGUUUUAUUUAAUGACGCACUCAACACAUUUGAUUUAUGGUUAUAUGGUGUCGGGACAUAUGGUU